GAGAUGGGUGGACGUGUGCUCCUGGCUUUCUCCACUUUCUCCGCUUUCACCCCAUAAUCAUCACGGGAUUUCUUAUUAUUAUCUUCUUUUUUCUGGUCAAAGGAACCAACCAGGACAUGAAAAAAAAUAUUGGCUCCUUUGAUCUUCUGGGUGAAAGUUCUGGUUAAAUAUCCAACUGUGUUUCAUUAAUCUGGGAGAAAGUCGAUUUUAUUUUGGCAAUUGUGCCAGUUUCUCUCGUGCUGAGUGUACCGUGUUUGUCAUUGCGGAUAAAAAGAAAAAAACUGCUUGGUACUAGUCGGCCAGACUUCAUCAUUAUCAUCGUCAUCAUCUUCAUACCCAUUUUUAUCACAAUCUGGCUCUAGGAUUGUAAUUAAAAAUCUUUUCCCACGCCACUCCAGGGCGGAACUUCUUCUAGUCAAGCCGAGGAAAAAGAGAGAGAGUCCAUGUGACAGAUAAGAAAAAUGUCCCCGACGACUCGUUCCUUGUCCCAGUUCUGCAGGCUAUUCCUGUGUACGAGUGUCGUCUCUUUGGGUGUGAUUUACUUUAUGAACGCUGAAGUGGAAGCGAUUCGGAGAAAGGAGGCGGACGGGAGAAAGCUGGACAAUAGGGGAGAAGAAGACGCAGCAGCCAUCAAAGAAAUCGACUACUCGUCAAUACCCAUCCGACAUUCGCUUUUUCACACACACUUUUCAAAUUUCUAUUCAAAUAUUAGAAACUCUAGGGUGGAAAAGCACUCUAGAAAAGUUCGAUCAGUACUUAACGGAGAAGAAGACGCCUCACAAAUCACAAAGCACCACAAAUUACGUCACGAACAGAGGAACAAGAAUCACGCAAUAAACAAUCAAGCCAAUAAAGGAGAAGCCGCCGUCGUGGAAUCAAUUACCAUCAAGGAGCAAUGUUUCGGGACGGAUGAUGUCCUCGUCGUGGUGGCCAUCACGUGUCUGCUUAACUUUAGUUUCGUCGUGGUGGUGUGGUGUUCGGUGAGAUGGGUUAAUAGCCAGCGUUCCAGGUGGAGGGGGAAGAAAAGGAGGAGAAAGUACUACAAGAGGAGGAAGAAUAAGUUGAAAGGCGGUGGGAUAAGUUGGGAAGAAAUAUCGGAUUCUGACUCUUCGACCUUUUCGUCUAGUAGUGGAGGGGAAAGUGAGGAUGAUGAAUAUGAACAAGACAAUCGACUCGUUAAAAGUUAUUCUAUGGAAGAUUUGAGAUUUUAUUAUGGAUGAAUGACUCCUUGUACCUGGGUUUUUGGUUAAAUUUCCUAAUCAUGUGUGCAAUAAAGGGGAAUUAUGUUAAAAAUGGGAUGGAUUGUGUGUAUGUAUAAGGAUGAAUUUUCAUUUGGGUGGAGGGAACCAUGAUAUUUAUUUUUGUCACGUGUGUACAAGCAGAGUUUGUAUGGUUACCAAUUACUUAGAAAAUCAGUGCUACAAAUAAUCAAUCUUAUGUUGAAAGCCAAAACUAAUCUUAAGUACAAAUCUGACCUUAAAGCACGUGUAUAAAUCAGCACAUAUUUAUUUGUUGUACAAACGUGUAAUGCAAGUUCUCAGUUUGUAAAUAUUAUUCGCUAGUUUCCUCUGUAGAUACGUGACUAAAAACACAAAUGAGAUUAUCAAAGUCAUUCAUUUAUAUUUUAUUCUCUUACGACAUGUGCACAUUAGGUUUAGAUGUUCAAGGUGGUUUAAAUGUCACGCUACAAUGCAAAAUUUUUCAAUGGAAAAGCCCCCAAAUCUCCAUUAGUUACAAAUUUGGGAUUGAGAUUUUUAUUACUUAUUAUCAAAACUGAUGGAAAUCUGAUGACAAAAUUAUUAAAAUGCUGAAUUUUAGAGAUAAAAUUUCGGCAACCAAUGGAAAUUUAUGAAUUUUUCCUGUUGAAAAAUUUCCCAUUGUAGUGUGACAUUUAAACCACCCUGUACAUAAAAAUACGGAAAAGUUGUGGCUAACUAUUUAAGGGGACAUGACUUCCCGUGAAAUUUUCCUCAUUUUGUAUACAUUGUAGCAUUUGAUGUCCUGAACAAAAUCAUCAAAAAAUUGGAAAAUUUCACAGAAAGUCAUUUCCCAGUAAAUGGUUGGCCAUUACCUUAUUUACACAUAUGAUUCAUAUGGCUUGAAAAUAAAUAUGUGCAUACAGAAGUACGUGCACUAAAUACAUGCAUAAAUAAAUGAAUGUAUGUAAUAAUUCAAAGUA